CAGUCGACCAGAGUCGGAAAAAUGGUGGCCAGCGCUCGAGUGCAGAAGCUCCUCCGACGAUAUAAACUAGCGAUUGCCGCCGCGUUAACUAUCCUCCUGAUCCAAGGGCUUGUGGUAUGGAGUCUGAGAAGUCUGGAAGAGGGCGAGGCAGAGAGAAAAACACGUCGGUCUAAGCUGCCUGACCACAACAGCCAGGAUCCCAAGAGAGAUGCUACACAUUGGGAGAAGCACAAUUCUUUGUCUGGGAGGAACAAGGGCAGAUGGAGUGGCAAGUUGGAGAGGACGGGGGGCACCGCCGCCAGUGCGCUGAGGAGAGGGAUGAGCCGCAAAGGAGAAAAGCCCAGCAUCAGGCUGAAGUCUCCCCAGCAGCAGGGUGUGGCUGGAGCUGGAUCGGAUGUUGUUGUCCUCCAUGAUCUGUCCAGCAGCCGUAACUUCAGCGAGACCCGGGGUGCCCCAGACGGGGCAGCCAAGUUACCUGUUGCUGCUGUCAUACAGGGGGAGCCGGGCAGUGUGGAUGGGGCGCACCAAGCCCCAAGCAGUGACUUUGUGCCUAAAUGUGAUAUCAUAGGCAAGGACGCGCUGUCCGCCCUUCAUCGCGCCGGGUCGCAGCAGUGUCGACAGGAGAUCGCCAACAUCGUGUGUCAGCAUCAGGCCGGGGAGCUCAUGCCAGACGCACUUCCUCAGUAUUGCCCCCAGCUCGGUGUAUCAAAUCAAGCCCAAGCCAUUGAGGACCUGGACAACAACCUGUCUGAAGUGGAGAACCCUGUCAGAGUGGUGUUCGUUCUGAUGGUCCACGGCCGUGCUGUACGGCAGCUCAAGCGCCUCAUCAAAGCCAUAUACCACCGCGACCACUACUACUACAUCCAUGUGGACAAGCGGUCCAGCUACAUGCAUCGGGAGGUCCUGCAGAUAGCCCAGCAGUACCCAAACAUACGAGCCACGCCCUGGCGAAUGGUCACCAUCUGGGGUGGUGCCAGCCUGCUGAAGGCCUAUCUACACAGCAUGCAGGACCUGCUCUCCAUGCUGGACUGGAAAUGGGAUUUUUUCAUCAACCUCAGUGCUACAGAUUUCCCCACCAGGACCAAUGAUGAACUGGUGGCGUUCCUGUCACAACAAAGAGACAAGAACUUCCUCAAGUCCCACGGGAGAGAAAAUGCCCGGUUUAUUAAGAAGCAGGGCCUUGACCGUCUCUUCCAUGAGUGCGACAACCACAUGUGGCGCCUCGGCGAACGCAGCAUCCCGGAAGGCCUGGAGGUCUCUGGCGGCUCCGAUUGGUUUGCGCUCACCCGCCGCUUUGUGGAGUACGUCAUCAACUCCCAGGAUGACCUGGUGUCGGGGCUGAAGCAGUUCUAUUCCUACGCCCUGCUCCCUGCUGAGUCCUUCUUCCACACAGUGCUCGGGAACAGUCACAUGUGCAACACUUUGGUGGACAACAACCUGCGUGUCACUAACUGGAACCGUAAGCUGGGCUGUAAAUGCCAGUACAAGCACAUUGUCGACUGGUGUGGCUGCUCUCCCAAUGAUUUCAAACCACAAGACCUCAUUCGGAUCCAGCAAUUGACCCGUCCAACGUUCUUUGCCCGCAAGUUUGAGUCAUCAGUCAACCAGGAGGCCAUAGAUAUCCUGGACACACACCUGUAUGGCCAGUACGCUCCGGGCACCGUUGCCAUCAAGGCGUACUGGGAGAAUCUGUUUGAGCAGUCUGAUGGCGUGGGCUCACUCAGUGACGUUGCUCUUACUGCUUACGCCUCUUUCUUUCGCCUGGGCCUCAAGAAUCUGGUGACUACUCAGAGCAACAUGGAGGCUUGCAGGUUUGAACCAGUAGGCUACCCUGUAUCUGUACACUUGUACUUUUAUGACGACCGUUUCCAAGGAUACCUGGUGCGGCAGGAGGUCCUGGCUGUGGGUUCAAACGUCAGGGAGACCCUGGAGAUGUGGGCAGUUCCCCAAGCCACGCUUGUCCUCGAGUCAAACUUUAAAGAGUUUGAAAGGCUCAAGAAUCUUGAAAUCGGCACAGAGUGGGAUCCAAAAGAAAGAAUCUUUCGUAACUUUGGUGGGGUGAUCGGCCCUUUGAAUGAACCGCUGGCCGUCCAGAAGUGGGCACGUGGUCCCAACCUCACAGCCACUGUUGUAUGGAUCGACCCAGCUCUGGUGGUGGCUGCAUCUUAUGACAUUACCGUGGACGUAGAUGCAGAGUACACCCAGUACAAACCCCCGCUGCAGCGUCCUCUGCGGCCAGGUACCUGGACGGUACGGGUGUUAAAACAGUGGGAGCGUGUGGCGGAAGUUCGCUUCCUUGUCAUACCCUUGACCUUCAAAGAUAAAGAGCCACUACGCAAAGAAGAGGACGGCUGGCUCCAUGCAGGUCCUCCAGGUAACCUUUACCUGGAGCAGAACUUCCAGCAGCUGAACUCUGUGCUGAAGCUGCCUCCCCAGGAGCCUGCCAUGCAGGAGGCCCAGCGUAAAGCCCAGCUGGUGGGUCAGCCCCUUGAUGAGUGGGUGGACAGCAGCAUAGGGACCUUCUGGGUUACAGGCGACAUGUGCGCCACACAGACUUCCUCUUGCCCAGCCAUGGGACCUUGCUCCAAGACCUCCUGGAGCUCUCUGUCCCUAGACCCCAAGUCCGAAUUGACCCCAGUCAAAAGCGAUGGGCGGAUCAGGUAGCCCAAAGAGAGGAGAGACUGUAGACUUCAGCACAUACACAGGAAGAGUGAAGGGAAGCUUGGCCCGCACUGGAGAGCUCCAAGAGAACCUGUGUGAAUCCAAAUGUCGUCUGAGGUUGACUCAGAGCUCAAGGGCACAUAAACAACAAGACAUCUACCCGAGGAGGAGUCAAGACAUUCUCUGUUAUAAGUGGUAAUACAGACUUAAAAGAGGAGGAGAUGACUGCUGGAAAUUUUGCACAUAGAAGGUUGGAAGCGAAAAGACUUGUGUCAUUGUUUUCUGAAUGGUUAGACCGAAGCUACUUGUAUUGUGUUAUUUUGCUGGCACACAGGCUUUCGGUCUGGGUUUGUCUGGGUCAGACUUUAAAAAGAGCCCUCUGUGCAUGUUUGAAAACUGACUGGGGGCACAGUUUUCAACUUUCCUCUGCUUUUGAAAGAAUCGGGAAGCAGUUGUCAAAACUGUGUUCAAUCUUCAUUUCAAGGGAGAGUGGAACCUCUGAAUCAUAUUAUCAUGCUUGUUUUGAAGCAUUGUUAUGUAUGCAUAAUGGAACAGACAGAUGAAGUGCACUUUACUGUAAGACUGUAAUGUUACACAGAGGUCACUUGGUUAUAGUGUGGAAAAGUUAAAAAGUUGUGAUGAGGUCACAUCACUUGUCUUUUCAUUUUACAAGAGACUCUAAGGCAACUAAUUGCACUGUCACUCCCCUGCACAGACACAUCACUAAAUACUAUAACCUGUAUUAGGAACAAAAUAAGGAAACAAGAGUGAGGGUUCUUAUGUUUAGAGUCUUGUUUCAUUUUUAGUUGUGUUUACUGUGGUAAAUCAUGUGAUUUUCUUUUUUUAAAAUGUAUUCGUUUUGUCUGUUGGUUCCCUGAACUGGUUGUAAACUUGUCUUUGAUGUCCAUUGUUGCAACCGCAAAAAAAAGCCACUCUUGAGUUGUUUUUCUGGUCAAAGGAAGUGCCUAGACAGCUGCAGCAUCAAGGCAUUCAAAAUUCCUCUGAAAUAGAAGACAAAACAAUCUCAACUCAAAACAUCCAGCUACAGACAACUGAGGACCUGCCGAUGAAGACCAUUCAUAUAGUGGAAACCCUCAGAAAAGGUUUCAGUGGGCCUUUAAGUUGAGAUUGUUUUGUUGGCUGUUUCUAAGGUUAAGAAUGAACCGUCAAGCUGAAAAAUGAAUUUUUGGCUCUAGAAAGCCAAAUUAGCACAGGGAAGAAAAAACUUUAAAGGAAUAGUUUUGUGAAACGUUUAUUUGCUUUCUUUGCGAGAGAGAGUUAAAUGAGACGAUUGAUACUACUCUCAUGUUUGCAUGUUAAAUACGAAGCUUAAGCCGCUGUUUUACAGAUAGUUGGCUACUUCUUGGGCGGGACCAUGUUUUUAUUUGGAGGUACUAUACAUUCAGGUUCUAAUGAAGUGAGGCUGCCCAUACAAUCUUUAAAGUGGUAUCAAUCUUCUUUCUAACUCUUGACAAGACAGAGAAUAAGGGUUGCCUAUUCCCUAGAAUGACGAACUUUUCUUUUAAAUGCAUAUUGGAUAUAUGGUUAGACAAAGGCUAUAGCAUGUCAUACCUCCUGUGUAUCAGUUAAUAUGCAGUAUUGUGUGCUCUGGUUGCCUCACAGAUUGGUUGGUCACAUUUAAUUUCAAAGUCCACCAACCAAAACUGGUAAACAGUAACGUUACACUGUGUUUUUAUUUUAGCGGGAUCAGGAGAGUUUAAGCUGCCUUUACUUAGUUGAAAAGAGGAGUUGUUUACCACGGGAUAGUAGCUUCCAGAGAUGUGCAAUGAAUGCCUUUUCAGAAGGAUAGUGAAGCUCCCUGACUUUGUCUUAGUUUUAAUUUUUUACCUAGUUUUAUGUGACCUUCUUAUUUUCUUAAAUAGCCUAAUAGUUGGCCACUAUAUGAGUGUUCAAGUGACCUUGUUUACCUUGCACAGCACAGUUGCUUCAGUGAAGCAAAGCAGAGUAAUCGGUGCAACAGAUGUUAUUUUUCUAAACUGUUUGAGAGAAAACGUGUAUGUCAUAUCCAGUGCUCUGUUAAAGUAUUCAUGCCAGCUGUCUACUUGUGUUGUAUUUUGACAGUCCCAUCCAUUCACUGUUGUUUGAAGCAGACCUUCUGUUUUUUUGGAGGGUGUGGGGGUUGAGAUUAAGGUCUCCGUCCAUACUGCAGUCCUGUUGGUGAGUCAUCUUGGUCUCUGUGGAUCUGAUCUGAGGACUUGCCUUCCACUGUAUGCGAAAGCUCAUAAGAUCCUGACUCAAUAAAAACAAAACGUGUCAAUUUAA